GAGGGGGCUCGACCGGAGCGGAGGGGCUGCUCCGCCGAGCGGGACCGAAGCGGAAAAAGUUGCGGCGGCUUUACAGCCGGGAGGCGCUCGUUUCGGUACCGGGUAAAUCCGGCGGCUUCAGAGAAGAGCAGCCCGGUAGUUUAGUACUUCCUUCUGCCGAUAAGAUCUUCGCCUGCUCUCGUCACGGCUGCCGCCGCUCCGCUCAAAUCGGUUUCGGGCUCCUGCCGGGGCGAGACCGGGAGCGCGGCGGGGCGGGAGGAGGCGAUGCGCGGGGCCGCUGCGCUGCCCCCGGCCGCCCCCGCCCCGCGCUGCCGCCGGCAUGGGCACCCUGGGCAAAAGGCGAGAGAACCGGCAGCCUGCUCAAGCAUGCAGCACUGCCCCGGAAUCAGCACUUGAGCUGAAGCAGAUCAGUCAUUGUCCCAGCCUUUCAAAUCUUACCCAAGUAACGAUGGUGCCGUUGGGGCACUUCGCCAAAGGGGCCACUUUGGAAGAUCUUCUUGAAACCUGCAUUCAGUCUUUUGAUUUAGAAGGAAAUGCAUAUCGAAACAACCAGCUGCUAAAGAUAAUUCUGGCCAUGCAUCAGUUUAUCAUCUCUUCUGCAGACAUGCUCCAGAAAGUCAUUGAUCUCUAUCUUAACGCUUUAGAAGAUAAAUCUUCAAUGCUGUGUGUAAAGAUAUGCUAUUUUGUGAGAUACUGGAUUACAGAGUUCUGGGUUAUGUUCAAAGUGGACUCUAAACUAUCUGCAACUAUGGACGAAUUUCAAGAACUGGUUAAAGCUAAUGGUGAGGAGUUACACUGUCGUCUAAUUGAUACAACUCAAAUAAAUUCUAGGGAUUGGUCUAGAAAGCUGACACAGCGUGUAAAGACCAACACCAGUAAGAAACGAAAAGUGUCGCUUCUUUUUGAUCACCUUGAGCCAGAGGAGCUGUCAGACCACCUUACCUAUCUUGAAUUUAAGUCCUUCAGAAGAAUAUCAUUCUCAGAUUAUCAAAACUACAUUGUGAACAGUUGCGUGAAGGAGAAUCCAACAAUGGAAAGAUCAAUUGCUCUUUGCAAUGGUAUCUCUCAGUGGGUACAGCUAAUGGUUCUCAGCAGACCAACACCACAGCUUCGGGCUGAAGUGUUUGUCAAGUUCAUUCACGUUGCACAGAAGCUCCAUCAGCUGCAGAAUUUCAAUACAUUAAUGGCAGUGAUAGGAGGUCUCUGUCACAGUUCCAUUUCCAGGCUCAAGGAAACGAGUUCAUGUGUUCCUCAUGAUGUAAUUAAGGUGUUCAAUGAAAUGACAGAAUUGCUUUCAUCUUACAGAAAUUAUGAUAGUUACCGACGUGCCUAUAAUGAGUGCAGUAACUUUAAGAUCCCUAUUCUUGGGGUCCAUCUGAAAGACUUGAUAUCACUUCAUGAGGGCAUGCCAGACUACUUAGAGGACAAAAAAAUUAACGUAUACAAACUAUACUCUCUGUAUAACCACAUAAAUGAGCUGGUACAACUCCAGGAAAUGCCACUUCCCCUGGAGGCUAAUAUGGACCUUGUUCAUUUGCUUACACUGUCCCUUGAUCUUUACUACACAGAAGAUGAAAUUUAUGAGCUUUCAUAUGCACGAGAGCCACGAAGUCACCGAGCUGCUCCAUUGACACCUUCUAGACCACCAGUAGUUGCAGACUGGGCCUCAGGAGUAGCCCCAAAACCUGAUCCAAAAACCAUCAGCAAACAUGUUCAGAGGAUGGUAGAUUCUGUCUUCAAAAACUAUGACCAUGAUCAGGAUGGAUACAUUUCCCAGGAAGAAUUUGAAAAGAUAGCUGCCAGUUUUCCAUUCUCAUUUUGUGUAAUGGCUAAGGACUGGGAAGGUCUGAUUAGCAGAGAUGAAAUAACAGCUUACUUUAUGAGGGCUAGCUCCAUAUACUCCAAACUAGGACUGGGCUUUGCUCACAACUUCCAAGAGACCACUUACUUAAGGCCUACCUUCUGUGACAACUGUGCUGGAUUUCUAUGGGGAGUCAUUAAACAAGGCUAUAGAUGCAAAGACUGUGGAAUGAACUGUCACAAGCAGUGCAAAGACCUGGUUGUGAUAGAAUGCAAGAGAAGACCCAAAACUUCAGUUACAGACAGCAGCCCAACAUCUGCUCUUCCUUCCAGCCUCUGCCCAAUAGGAGUCAAAGAACAACUCCAUGGGCAAGAAGAAGGACCAUUCACAUUUCCUAAUGGAGAAGUAGUGGAACACAGUGAAGACAGCAAGGACCGAACCAUUAUGCUUAUGGGUUCCUCAGCUCAGAAAAUCUCAGUGAGACUGAAACCAGCUGUUGUUCAUAAAGGUACACAGACUGAUCCUGCACUGCUGGCUGGUGUUAUAUUUCGUAGGCAGACAGAGAAGAAAGAACAUAGAAUGCCAGAAAAUCCUUUUCUCCAGGCAGUUCCACCAUCCCCACGUCCAAGCCCAAUUCUAGGCCGCAGAAAGGCAUAUGUUAAAUGGGAAAACAAGGACUCCAGCCAGAAAAUCAAGGAGGAGCAUCGCAGCUGUAAACUCUCAUACCAGGAACUUGAGCAGGAAAGAAAUGUUCUAAAGGCAGACAAUGAAGGUUUAAGGAUCCAACUGGAACAGGCACAUAAAACAAUUGAAUCUCUCACAAUCCAGAGAAGAAACCAUGUAGUUGACAACCUACAGCACAGAGACUGCUCCUAGCAGGCAAGAGAGGAAAUCUAUGGAAGAAUGUAAGACUGAAGGAGGGUUUGUGAUAAAGCUGCUUUACCAAGUGAACUGGAGAGAGAGUCUGAAGGAUUUUAAACAGAAAUAUUCUCUUUACCUAGCACAUUUUCACAUUAAACAUACACUCCCAAAUGUGUAAAUGCAUUCCUUUGCCUUUUAAAGAUCAUUUAGCAUUAUCCAUGCAAUGAAAAUGGUGUUUUCUGGUUUUGAUUUUAAAAGGAGUGAACUGUUGAUGAAGGUUCUGUUCAUGAUGAAGACCUUGUGGACUCCCAGUGACUUGACUGCCAGCAGCACACCUUACUCUACAAGUGUUCUGACAAAGUAGCCAUUUGUAAGACCCUGUCACCUCAAAUCUGGCCCAAAUUCAGGUUUGUAGAAACAAAUGUUCAAUAAAGCUGAGUUUUUAAGUAAAAAUGUAGAAACAUUCCAUUAAGAGAAACGGUUCCUUCUCAUUGUAGCUAACUAAUUAAAAUCAUGAAGUGAACCAUCAUCUUUAUUUCCAAAGUUUAACAAGAAUAUUAAAAGAAGUAGUUAAGCUAAUGAUAUGUGAUCAUUUGAUUCUUGGAAUUUUUUAAGAUAAACUGACAAUUCUUUUAAACCUCUUUUCAGAGCUUUAGAAGUCUUGCUCAAACAUUUAUCUUUGUUAAGGUAAAAUAGAUGAGACUAUAGAGAGCUUACUGUGAAUACUCCUUCCAUUGUGUGUUCCAUGCUACAGCUUGGAACACUUAACACCUUAUUUGGCUUAAGGGAUAGCUUGUUGUCCCCAUACAAAGCUAUGGGACAAUAGUUAUUUUACUUUCAUGUUAAAGCUGAGUAGAACUUUGAGGGCCAUAUUAUGAGAGAAACUAUAGAGUAAUCCCAGUGCAACACUUACUGUAUUGCAGAGCUCCUAACUUCUUCUGGUUCUAACGAAGGUUUCUCCAUUUUCUCUCUCCUAGAUUUCACAUGCACUUUAGGUAAAGAGUCAAGACGAGUGUGCUCUUAUGUUUGUAAAUUCUGUAUAGUAAAAGGUGCUAGUGAGGUAACAUUGUUUUCUUAAAGCUACACAGUGUACGUACCGUUAAGAGACAACAAAACAGUUUUUCAAAUUACUGAUAAAUGUACUUGUCAGAAUAGCCAGUUUUAAAAUUGCAUUUGCAUUGCAAGCAAACGAGUAUACAGUUGUAUAAAAUUUGUUUGCAUUUAUCAAACAGGGAUCCAUCAUCACACAUUUAAACAUCACAAACUUAUGACUGAUAUAUUUAUUUACUAAGUCCACUUAGUGCUCCUCAGAACUUGUAAGUAGUUUAUAAAGUCCACUAUAGACUGAAAUUUAGUUGACCUGUUACAGUAGCAUGUGUGCUUUGUGUUCAAAGUUACUGUGUUACAGUCAUUAUCAAGUAUAUGAAUGCUUUAUUUAUGAAAAACUCCAUUUGAAACUGUUUGCCAAUGUAGUGAUCCUAAAUUCAUGUUUUGAACCUGGUUUGUGCUUGCAUCUCUAUGUCUAAAGUAAAACACAUGGGGGGAAACAGUAGUAGUAGUAGAUUUCUGUUACCUUUCUGUAAAUACAUAUGGUAUGUAGAGAACUGAAACGCGUAAGACAAAAAUCAGCAGCUGUGAAGAUGGUGCAGCUUUUUUUCCUCAUACACUAAACCUGAAUUAUUAACAAUUAACAUGGAAUUGCACUUUGAUCAAUGGAGCUAUCAAAAUGGCUUUCAGGUCGUGUCUGCAAACUUGCUUUGCCUGUUUUCUGUAAGCUGCUUGAUUUUACCCUCUAUUCAGGGAACUGGAGCAAGGUGUACUUCUAAUAGGCAUUUAGCAAAUAAAAGUCUGUUUCUGCAACAAUUAAAAUAAACAAGGUAAAUGCUGAAUAUAUUUUCCCAUAUUUUGAAAAUACCCCAGAAGAGCAGCUAAGACUGAUAAAUCUUCUCGUGCAGCUAAGAAAACUGCUUGCCUGUGGGCUAAACUCUGGAUUUGAGUGGAAUCUCUGAGUGUACAUACACACUGCCUACUCUGGGGUGUGGAGAUCAUGAACAAACUCUUACUUAAAAAUUCCCUAAUGUCAGCAGCUGGCCCAAAGGCUACUGUGAAACUAGGUGUUGAGUACUAUCUGAGUACUUAGCAUUUAAGACUGUACAAAUCUAUGGUUGUAACUCAAUUUUGAGUACUAACUUACUGUUUCUCUGUGUUGUCAUCUUGUUCCUGCAAAUAAUUGUAAUGAUUUUAAAGGGAUCCGUUUGCAGGAAUAUCUUACAAAAACAAGUAGGUGGUGCUUCGUGUAUGCUGAAUAAUUCCUGCUUCAAAGAAGUCCGUUGAUACCUGGAGAAUUUCAGAGCUCUCAAAGUACCUUCAGGUUGCCUGUUUGCCCAAAGCCCCUUUAAGUUGUUUAUUUGUUUUUCUAUGAUGGCAGUCUCUUCUGAUUUCUUUUGGGACAUCCUUUCUGCUGCAUGAAGGACUAACAGCAGAAGCUGACCUUACUGGGAUACUGCUGAAACUGACAAAGCUACUGAACAAAAUCUCUCCCAUCCCUAUUAAUCUUCAGGCUGCUUUAUGCUAGGAAAAAAAAUACGGUGAAGUAAAACUUGCAGUUUGAAAAUCACAUUAUCAAACACUGAUAUUGAAAUGUCUUGUCGUGGCUAACUAAAAUGAAAAGCACUCACCUUAAGUCCUUCUCAAGGCUCAGAUGUGUUUUGGAUACAUACAGGAAGGAAUUAAAAAAACCACUGUCCCUCCACCCCAACUACUGUUUAUUUUUUAAGUGUGAAUUUUGAUCCUUGAAAGAUAAAAGUAAAUAAACUGAGUAAUACAACAAUUA